UUAACUGACCUUCUCCGCGCGGCCUCGUCCUGCUUCAGACGAGGACCUUGGGUUGUGUUGUGGUGCGAACUGUCACACUCAUUUCGGUUAGUUUUGGUGGACUAAAAGUCGCACCAUGCCCGGCGUGGUUGAAAUUCCGACGCUGCAGGAACUGAACGUCGAAGAGGUUAACGUGUCGUCGGCCGUGCUGAAGGCAGCCGCUCAUCACUAUGGCUCUCAGUGUGACAAGGCCAACAAAGAGUUCAUGCUCUGCCGCUGGGAGGAGAAGGACCCCAGAAAGUGUCUGAAAGAAGGGAAGGAAGUCAAUGAAUGUGCACUCAACUUCUUCAGGCAGAUAAAGGGGAACUGUGCCGAGUCCUUCACAGAGUACUGGACCUGUCUGGAUUACUCGAACCUGACCGAGCUGCGCCGCUGUCGCCAGCAGCAGAAGGUGUUUGAUAGCUGUGUGCUGGACAAGAUGGGCUGGGAGAGGCCAGAGCUGGGAGACCUGUCCAAAGUGACCAAGGUGGCGACCUCCCGGCCCUUGCCUGAAAACCCCUACCAUUCACGACCAAGACCUGAGCCCAAUGCUCCGAUCGAGUCUGAGCUGCAGCCUUCUAAGUACGGCAGCCGCUUGUUCUUCUUCGGCUGGUGAAGAGGGGCGGUCGCUGUCUUAUUAAUAUCAUGUUCACCAUCUCUGUGCUUCUGACCAGACCAGAGACGGCGUGCCAGUGGCUGCGCUGUAAUCCCUUUGUGUCGUGUAGAAAUGUUAAUAAAUUUUGCUCAUUCAAAACAUAAAAGAUUUAAUUUAAA